AUGGAAAAUCAAUUUAAUAAGAGGAGUGGUGGUGGUGCUGAAAGUGGAGCUGGUGAAAGUGGUGAAAAUCUUGUUGGAGCUACUUCUACAAACAGUAAUAAUAAUUAUAAUAAUAAUAUAACAAAUAAUAGUAAUAUAAAUAUAAAUAUAAAUAGUAUGCGUUAUAGAAAAAAUAAUUUAAAUAUAAAUAAAUCAAAUGUAAAUAAUAAUAAUUUAAAUAUAAAUAAUAAUAGCAAUAAUAGUAUAGAUAAUAAUAAUAAUAGUAAUGUAUUUAAUAAUUUAAAUUCACCACGUGCUGUAUCUGCACGUAAAUAUCUGCUACAUCAUGCAUUGGACUCCGAUCAAUCGAAUCAUCACUACGAUAAUAUCGACGGACUGGACGACGAAAUCGAACAGUCAACUUCCAUACCUUUUUUCAAUGUUGGAAACAUCUCACAAUCCGUACAUAAACUUAUUAGACGUGAUUUUUUUACAGUGUAUAUGGCAUUCGGUGGCUUUUGGAAUGCACUUUACUAUCGUGACUCUUACUUACAGCCCUACUACAUAACACCAUUCAACUUUCUCUUUAGUGUAUUCUUCUACCUUUUCAUCUUAUUUCCACGUGCACCAAGCAAUAAUCCUAGAUCGACACGACCUGCUAUCUUUCAACGUUUGUUCUUUGAUGAUGAAGAAUUGGAUGCAAACAUCAAUAACAACAAUCAUAACAAUAAUCAUCAUCAUUACAACAAUGAGAAUGUAGAACAACAGCAACAUCAUCAACAACAGCAUCAACAUCAACAACAGCAGCAGCAUCAUCAACAACAGCAACAACAUCAACAACAGCAUCAUCAACAUCAACAUCAUCAUCAUAAACAUCAACGUUCAAAUAGUUCAAAUAGUAAAAGAAAUGGAAAUGGAAAUGAACAUAAUAGUAAUAAUAAUAAUGGAAAUGGUAAUGGUAAUAAUGGUAGUAAACUUAACAUGUUAUAUUGGAAUAUAUGUCAAUUUGCUUUGGUAUUGGUGGUUGUAAUUAUGUUGUUCAUUGCGAUUUUGUUGAUUACCGUCAUGACAACUUCUACUGACUUGAAAGUAAGUGGUGGUGCCAAACAAGGUAGUAUAAUAGAUUUGGCUUGGACAACGGUGGAGUCGAUUAUGUAUAAUUCACCGAAUCAGAUAUUCAGUAUCAACGAGUCGAUCGUUCGUCUCAUUUUGAUAUUGUUUCUCAGUGGUAUGACGAUGUUGUAUCAUCUACAGAUUCGAAAGACCUACACUCUACUGUCGCUGGCGUCUCUCAUGCCACAGGUGGCAGAAGCACUCUACCUCCUCGAGUACUCGAUGGCGAGUGGCGCCAGUGAGAAGGAUCGUGACUUUGUCGGCGAUCCCUAUGGUGGUGAACUGAAUCAGCAAUCCGACUACAUGAACAGGAUCUACGCAACCGGAACACAACAACUCUUGGAAAAGUUUGACUUUAUGCAACAGUUUGUCGAGAAGAUGACUCACUCCAUUAUGGACAUCUCCAAGGAGACUUGUCAUCUCCAGUCGACCGAUCUCAACAAGUAUCAAAUUCGAUCGAUCAAUACCAUACAAGAGUUGAUCAAUCAAAACAUCAAUUUAGUUGAUGAUAUAAAAUUGAUAUUAGCUAUUGAAUCAGGUGAUAUUUCAGUUGAGGAUGUCACAUUCAAUAUAUUCUCAUUGAUAGAAGAGGUAUUUGAAAAGAUAUCGAAAGAUAUCAACAAUACAAAUAUUGAAUUGGUAUUUAGAGUUAAUGAAGAUGUUCCUUUAAAUUUAAUUGGAGAUCCAUCUGCUUUGAUACAGAUUCUAUUACAGUUAUUAAAGAAUUCGGUAAAGUAUACAGAGAAAGGAGAUAUUGGAGUUAUUGUUAGUAAGAUAGAUCCACCUGUACAGAGUGACGCUGCAUUGCUGGAUCAAGACGAUGUUUAUAUUGAAAUAUCUGUGUUUGACAGUGGUACUGGUUUGACGGAUGACCAACUCAAGAUUAUCAAUCAGUUUCAACCAUUUCCAAAGUUUGGUGACUACGAAGACAGUGACGAUGACUAUCAGAGUGGAAGUAGUAGCUUUAAAGGUGGAUACAAAAUUAGUCAUGAUAGAUAUAGAAGUAGAAGUAGAAGUAGAUCUCGUAAAAGUAAAUCAAAACAUAAAAAAAAUAAUAAUAAUAACAAUAAUAAUAGUAGUAGUGAAGAAGAUAAAGAUGCUUAUCAGAAACAAAAUACUGGUCAGAGAAUGGAGGUGGAGGACAAUGUGAUUGAUGAAGAUGACGACGACGAUGAUGACGAUCAAGAAGAUGAAAUGCCAAACUCUCAAGGAACAGGUCUUGGAUUGUACAUUUGCAAUAAGAUUAUUAAGGGUUUGGGUGGUUCUUUUGUGGCACAAAAGAACGGCGAUGGUGGUUGUGUUUUUGUUAUCAACUUGGUGUUCCAAGUCGAUCGCUCUCCAACACCGGUCUCUGAGAAUCCUUUUGCGUUGACCGGUGACCAACUAGCUAUUUUUAAUCAGCUGCCAAUCCUAAUCAUUGACGACGAUGCCAAUGUUAGAAUGUCCACAGAAAUGAUACUAAAGAGACUGGGUUUGAAGCCACUGACACCCACCAAUCUUGUUCGUGGUAUCUCUCAAGUCUUCAAUGUUGCCAUGAGUGUUCAUCGCAAGAAAUUCAACUCUGUCUUCCCUAUCAAGGUGUUGGAGUCUGGUCGUGGUCGUCCUCUGAUGCGAACUCUCAUCGGUGAGUCUGACUUUUCCACUCAGAAUAUCAUACAAAACUGUCUUGAGACAUUUAGAUAUCACUUUACAUUUGUACAGGACGGUGCUACGUUGCUGUCGAUGGCCAAGAAGAACUACUAUGAUCUCAUACUUGUCAAUAUCGACUUGCCAGUGCUCAAUGGUAUGGAGGUGAGCGAUGCCAUUCGAAAGCAUGAACUACAGAUUCAAUCCACAGCAAGUCCUGACCCUGUUUCGACCACUUGUGACGAGAACAAGUCAUCGCCACUGAGCAUCGGUAGCACCGGAAGUGCAUCGUCGCCCUCCAAAUCAUCGAGUUCCAGCGCUGUCAAAGGAAGACGAAUGUCAUUCCCACAGCUUUUCCAGACAUCCGAUCUUGUCAUUUCCCACAAGCGAAAGGGUAGUUUAAAGAUUAUCGGUAUUUCCAACACUGCUAUCACACUCGACCAAAUGAAUAUCUACAGAAUGUCGGGAAUGGACGAUUGUAUCAUGAAACAAGAUAUCAGCAUUCAACUAACCAAUGUGUUGAUUGAGAUGGAUAAACAACGCAAGCAGAUGGUCUAUUCUCCUCAGAAACUACUGACUCCACUGACUGAGAAGAAAGAAGACAUGAUUGUCAUUCCACAGUUGUCGACAUCGCGUGUCUCCAUGAUGAGUGCUAGCAACAGCACUCCUUCCUCUUCCACUUCGUCAGCGGCAUCCAGUAAUCUCAUUGGCCGCUCAACCAACAGUGAAAUCGGCAUGGGUUUGACAACGACAACAACUACUACAAAGUCAACGAAACGUGUGCAAGAUCUCCAGAAUGUAAUCAGUCGGUUCGUACCUAUUGAAUUCCAACAGUUGAUUGCACCAGCCGGAAUGGAGCAUGUCUAUCUCGGCGAUGCCAUAUCGAAAACGAUCACUAUCUUCUUUAGUGAUAUCCGUGACUUUACUUCGACCACCGAGAAGAUGGUGGUAGACGACGUCAUCGAUUUCCUAAAUACCUACUUGGCAUUUGCUAUUCCAGCGAUCACCGACAAGGGUGGAUUCAUCGACAAAUUCAUUGGCGAUGCUAUUAUGGCGAUAUUCCCACACAGUGACAUUCAGGAGCAGGCUAUUGCCGCUGUGAAAGCAGCGAUCGGGAUGAUGCGGUCACUCGACUUUAUGUCGGAAUCUGGAUUCCGAUUCAAGAGCGUUGAGACCGGAAUCGGUAUUAACACCGGUAAGACAAUCAUUGGAAUCGUUGGAACCGAGACCAGAAUGGAACCGACCGCUCUUGGCGAUGCAGUCAAUUUGGCGUCGAGAACCGAACCACUCUGCAAAGAGUAUGGAUCACGUAUUCUAGUGACGCAAUUCACAAUCGAGGCGAUCGGUGCAUCGAUCGAUGAAUUCACCAUUCGUUUGGUCGACAGUGUCAAGGUGAAAGGAAAAUCAGAGGCUGUCGACAUCUACGAGGUGAUCGAUGGCGAGCGAGACGAUAUCAGAGCAUUGAAGCUAUCGAUCUUGGCAUCUUUCAACAAUGGUGUAGAACACUUUAGAAAACAAAACUAUGAAGAUGCUUUAUCAUGUUUCCAAAAUUGUAAUGAGCUAUUCCCUGCUGAUAAACCAACAAAGAUAUUCAUACAAAGAUGCAUUGAUUCAUUGGAGAGUGAAAUGGAUCAAAUAGAUUGA